CACGACUCCUUAUGCCGAGAUUUCCAGAUUAAAGUUUAGGAUAACUUGACCACUGUCGAUCCCUCCAGCAUGGAGGUUGGGUACUUCAGAACAUAUAUUGCCGACAGAAUGAAACUCUUUCGAGAAACGAUAACGCAGGAUAUCAAUGAAUUUUUAGAAGCCAUUCUUGAACCGCUGGGAAUGAAAUACUUCAUGGAAGAAGAAUAUUCUUUAAAUGACGAACUAGUGACGAAACUAAGAGGAUGUUUUAAAGACUUGUACUGGAGUUUAAGAGUUCACUUGUACUUGCACCUUAAAGAACUUGCCAUGCCGCCUGAUACUGGGAGACUCCUUGAAAUGGUGGGCAGAUGGGGCAACCUGAGCGACGAUGAGAUGAAGAUGUAUAUGGACUCAAACCAUAUGAUAGACCCUGCAAGCAAACUCUUGGAAAUGGUGAGUAGGAAAGCGGUCAGGAAAAUACAUUAGAAUAUCGGCCAUGGAUCGCAUGCAUUGCAAUCACAUCUUUAGUGGAUUGAGAUAUCUGAUCCCUUGCUUUUUUUUCCUAUCUUAUCUUACUAAUAAUUGCUAAGGAGCAUGAAUGGAACUGGAUUACAAACUGAAAGGAGAUCAAUUUGAAUUCAGGGCAGCUUUUUUUUGUCCCUGUCAGAACUAUAUUAGUGCUGUGAAACGGUAUCUAGCUUAAUCAAAAAGGGUACCUCAUCUAGCUGCUGAUAGCUCUUCCAAGUUAUUGGGUCAUUUUACUGAAAUUAACUUCCCGAAUAGGUGAAUGAAUUUCAGACUAAACAUUUGCGAUUUAUGAUGGCCAGUAUGCAGAGAGCGAGUUUGGUUCCGGGACGGUCAAAUCAAAAGGUGAGCGAGCACCCACGGACAGUCUUGAGAAAACAUUUGGUCCGUAAAGUUUACAUCCUGAUAUUGAUUUUCUAAUUUCACAAAUUUUGCAUAUUGCUACAUUUCAGUUCAGCUUCGUCAGGGAAACUCGUCUUACCAAAAGAGGGAGCGAAGAGCACGCCAACGGUGUAUUUGAAAUAGCAAAGUCCUGGCUAGGCCGUCUAAAUCCCGAAAACAUCUUCUUACCAGACGUUUUGGCGAUAGUUGAACAUAUGCCUUCGAAGAGGUUUUUCGUGGGUGCAUCAAUAGCAGUAAGUGACUUCUUAAGGCCUAUCUGUUUGCGCAAUCGAAUCAUUAAUCUUAAAGAAAAACUCGGAGGUGCAGUAAUACAUUUCUGUACUCUGAAUGAUCCAAUUCGACAUGAUUUGCGAUUUUCAUAUGCCUUUAAAACUCAAAGAUAUGACUCCUUGACUCCUGGGCCUCCUUGCCAAAAUUGUAAACUGUUGUUCCAAGGAGAUAGAUCGGGAAGGGGAGAACCCACAAUUCUUGGUUCAUGUGCCGAAUAUUGCGCUGUUAAUGAGCUUCUACCAGAAGAGACAACUUUAAAGCACAGUCGGAAUAAGCGUGUAAAUUCAAAAGUGAAGGGAAACUUUAAACAAUGUAUCACUCUCCUCAAAAACUACAGAGAUAUGUCGGAAAGGUGCAUUACUACCUUUGAAAACGGAAACCAAAAUGAAAUGGAGACAUUGUACUUGCAAGUGAAAUACCUUUUCCCCACUUUUGGCCUAAGGCCAGAGUUUAAUCGUUGCUUUUCACAGGAUACCGAGCCCGUCAACAAUCAGUGA